ACCUGGCGCCCUAGGUUGGCCGGGCAGAAGAGGAGAGAGACGAGGUUGCAGUUUCACCGGCCGUGAAAUGGACAAGGCGCCGGUCACAGCUGCCUCUUGUCGAUACGCCAACAUGCCGUGGCGGAUGCAGCAUCUCGUGCACGACUCCGGCGGCAGCUCAGACGAUGAAUUCUUCGAUGCGCAAGAUGAGGUGGCGGAAGGUAAACAUGCCCUUCUGCUAGGGUUGAGCACGUGGAACUCGAACGACCUGGUGGAACAGAUUGAGACCAUUGGAACAUUGGACGAUGGCCAAGGUGACAUGUACAGAGACUCUCUCAGGCGGCAGCGAUGUCCAACACAAGGUAGCAUGGAAGGACAAGAUGAUCCGGAGGAUAUGAGGAAGUGCAAGGUCCGUGUGCUGAUCCUGGUUCUUCACGGAGGGAACAUUCUGGAUACGGGCGGCGGAGACCCAGGCUCGAAGGCCGCGGACGUCAACACCUUCACUUCAGUUCUCGAGAAAGUAACCAGCGCCCAUUUUCCCGCUGCCCUCGGCCAUUUUCUCACCAAGUUGGUCCCCUGCCCUCCCAUCUGCUCCGAGGCCUACUCGCUGGUUUCUAACUUAAACCCGUACAGCUACGAUGAAGGUUGCCUGAGCAGCACCGAGGAACACAUCCCACUGUCGGCACUGCCCCUGCUGGCUAUCUCCUCGCCUCAGUAUCAGGAUGCAGUUGCCGCCGUGAUCAACCGCGCUAACCAGACUUACAACGAGUUUCUGAAGUCUGAAGAUGGGAUUGGAUUCAAUGGACAGGUCUGCUUAAUUGGUGACUGUGUUGGUGGAAUCCUGGCAUUUGAUGCCUUGUGCUACAGUUCCCAUGCAGCGGGCGAGAGUCAGAACAGCAGCAGGAGAGGCAGCAUCAGCAGCAUACAGGACAACACGCACUUAACCGAUGAGCCAGGGUCAGACCUGAGCUCUAGCAAGCGACUGAGUAAGAGCAACAUUGACAUCUCGGCAAUCGAAGCGAAGGAACCAAGGAAGCUAUUGCCGAGGAAACAGAGUGAUGCUUCCACCUAUGACUGUGAUUCCAUGAGCCAGCACCAUGGGUUUCUCUCAAGGAUUCACUCCGGUGCAUUAAUUGAUGACCCCGACGUACAGAAGAUGAACAGCACUAAUCUCCUGGAUGGAAACACAUGCCGAUUUGAUUUUGAUGUCUCUGAUUUCUUCCUCUUUGGAUCCCCACUGGCCUUGGUUUUAGCCAUGAGGUGGACAGUCCUUCCUUCUGUUGACGUGGCUCAGUUGCGACCGGCGUGUGCCCAGGUGUACAGCCUGUUCCAUUCCGCCGACCCCUCGGCCUCUCGCUUGGAACCUCUGCUGGAGAAGAAGUUCCACCUCCUGCCCCCGGUGCGUGUGCCGAGGUAUCAGCGAUACCCGCUGGGCGAUGGCAACUCCACACUACUAGCUGACCUGAUCCAGAGCCACCAGUCGGUCUUUCUGGAAAGUUCUAAUGCGCUGAUACCGCCCACCACGCUGCUGACUCAGCUGCAGCGAGAGAUUCGCAGGGGCAGUCAAACCAGCAUCUCCAGCGAGGUCUCAGGCUGCUCGGAGAACUUCCUUGCAGCCAACAUUGCCGGCAUCACGUCGAAGUGGUGGGGAACGAAGAGGAUAGACUACGCGCUCUAUUGUCCUGACGCCUUGACCGCGUUCCCUACCGUGGCUCUCCCACACCUCUUCCACGCCAGCUACUGGGAGUCGACGGACGUGUUGGCCUUUGUUCUACGUCAGGUGAUGCGGUUUGAAAGCGUGAACAUAAAGGAGAGCGACGGCAAGGACACGUCCGAGGGCAGUGAGUCGAGUCCGCGGGAGAAGUGGCUUCGCAGACGCACGCACGUGAAACUCAGGAAUGUAACGGCUAAUCACCGCGCCAACGACGUCAUUGUCGCUGAAGGUGGCCCUCAGUUGCUCAUUGGGAGGUUCAUGUAUGGCCCCCUCGACAUGGUCACCCUGACUGGAGAAAAGGUGGACAUUCUCCUCAUGACACAACCUCCUGCUGGGACGUGGGUGUACUUUGAUACCAAACUCACCAGCAACAGUGGCAGGGUCCUGUACACCAUACCAAAGGAGAAGGCACUUGGUGUUGGCGUUUACCCAGUGAAGAUGGUUGUAAGAGGUGACCAGACGCAUGCAGAGAGCCACCUGUCCGUGCUGCCGAAGGGGAUGGAGUGCGUGGUCUUCAGCAUCGACGGUUCUUUUGCUGCCAGUGUCUCCAUCAUGGGCAGUGACCCAAAGGUCAGAGCAGGAGCGGUGGAUGUGGUCAGGCACUGGCAGGAUCUGGGCUACCUCAUCAUCUACGUCACCGGGCGGCCUGACAUGCAGAAGCAGCGGGUGGUCUCCUGGCUGGGACAACAUAACUUCCCCCAGGGUAUGAUCACCUUCUCCGAGGGACUGGUCCACGACCCCUUGCGACAGAAAUCGAUCUUCCUGCGCAACCUUGUGCAAGAGUCCCACAUCAAAAUCGCUGCUGCAUACGGAUCGAUGAAGGAUAUUACAGUCUACAACGUCCUGGGCCUGACACCAAAUCAGAUCUACAUUGUCGGACGCCCUUCAAAAAAGUACCAGAAUCAAUGCCAGUUCCUGUCGGAAGGUUACGCGGCCCACCUGGCCCAGCUGGUGUUCGCCCACCGCUCUCGGACCAAGAAGAGCACGUCGCGCAUGAUCCUGCGCAAGGGCAGCUUCGGCCUGGUGGCCCAGCCCGACUACCUGCGCAAGCGCACGCACCUGCGGCGCACCAUGUCCGUGCAGCAGCCCGAGCCUCCGUCCUGCAGCCACAAGCCCGAGCGGGCGCAGAGCCAGCCCGAGUCCGACAAGGUGGAGCGCCACCCCCACAGCAUCGCCUGGGCGCGCAGUGGCGGCUCCAAGUCCGAGCCGGGCGUGUGAACGAGCAUCCACCACCAUCACCACCAGGCAGCCGAGACUCUCCCCCUCCCCCCCCCCCCCCCCACCCACAAACCUCACCCAGACUCCCAGCAGGAGAGGAAACGUGAAGCUUGACGAUCCGACUUGGAAACUAGGCCCCGGGCCUGGAAUCGUCCUCUCCUGCCCCAAACAACAGUAGAGGAGGCACCAGGCACCCCUUUAAAGCUGAUCUGCCACUAACCCCGUUGAAUCUAUACAGAUGGAGACGGUUCAACGGUUCUUCAUAGACAAUAGGUGCAGGAGUAGGC